UAUACCCUAAAAUCCCCAUAUCUCUUCCCUAAGAAGCCUUUGUUAGGUAAACAAAACAUGUCCGGUGUUUGGGUUUUCAAGAACGGUGUGGUUCGUUUAGUCGAGAACCCUGGUGCCGAGCCAUUGGACGGUAGCCGACAGGGUUCAAGCAGCACCGCACAUCGCAAGGUGCUCGUGCAUGUUCCCACCAACGAAGUGAUCGCUUCCUAUGAGGAUCUCGAGCUUAAGCUAUUGUCACUCGGUUGGGAGAGGUACUACGAUGACCCUGAUCUCCUCCAGUUCCAUAAACGGUCCACCGUGCAUUUGAUCUCUCUUCCUAAAGAUUUUAGCAGGUUCAAGUCCAUUCACAUGUACGAUAUCGUUGUCAAAAACCGGAACAUGUUCGAAGUUAGGGAUAUGCAAAACCUUUAGUGUUACACUUGCAGCGGCAUGCACUGCACUACUUGUCUUAAAUUCAUCCUCCUUUGUUUUCGUUUGUUUGUUUUUACCAUUAUGGAAUAUGAUAUAUAUAUAUAUAUAUAUGAUUGUUUUGACCUUCGAAGUUAUCUCAGUUAUAUACGUCAAGGACGAAGAGAAUCGAAACAUUAAAAUAACGAUCGCAAUACUACGAAUGC